AUGACAAGUUGCUCCCUUCUGUUUGGGCCAGUUUUCGUCGAUGGAAAUCUGUUUUUGGAAUUCAAACACAGAAUCCCUCUUUCCCGGGUAGAUACCAUCGGAAUUUCAGGAGAACUAGAUGUUGUCUCGAUCAGCUUCCAAGGGCUAAAUCCAAGUGCCUAUCACAUUGUACAAUGCUUUCAGCCACAACUUUAUUCUCUCCCUUACCAAGCUACCAUCAUUGGGGGCUUUUGCCCAUCCAAACCAAUAAUAGUUUCAGGCUCUGUGUUCCCUUCUGCUCAGAGGUUCCACAUCAAUCUGAAAGCAGAGAACGAUACUGCAUUCCAUCUCAACCCACGGUUUGAUCAGAACGUGAUUGUUCGAAACUCUAAACUCAACAUGAGCUGGGGGUCAGAGGAGCGAGACCUGCCUUUUGGGAUGCCUCUGAUGCGUGGCCAACCCUUUAUUAUCUGGAUUCAGUGUGAAGAACACUGCUUUAAGGUGGCUGUGAAUGGACAACAUCAGUUUGACUACAAGCAUCGCAUAUGUAACCUGCUUCAGAUAAAUCUGCUCGAAGUGGACGGUGAUGUAAAGUUGACCAACAUCCAAGCUUAGAGUUGCUUGUUUGUGGAUGGAUGGGUGCAAUUCAUGUGAAAUGUUGAGCUUUACUACCUAAAGUUUGAAUAAUUGCUCUUUUCAGUGUUUAAGAACCAUAGAAUUUCAGGUUUUUCCCCCUCCCAAUCUAAUUGUUUGAA